GUCCCAGUCCCAGCCCCAGCCCCAACCCCAGCCCCAGUCCCAGUCCCGGCCCUAACCCCAGCCCCAGUCCCAGCCACAACUCCAGUCCCAACCCCAGUCCCAACCCCGGCCCCGCCAUGUCGGGCAUCAGGGCCCGGGCGCUGUACAGCUUCGAGAGCGAGAACCCGGAGGAGAUUAGCAUCAAGGAGGGCGAGGAGUUGCUUCUCUUCCACGAGACCUCACAGGACGGCUGGCUGGAGGGAACCAACAGCCGCGGACACCGCGGCCUCUUCCCCGCCUCGUACGUGGAGAUUGUGUCCGGGGGCCCGGGCUCGCCACCGGGCCCCAUCUCUCUCCCCACCCCCACCCCCACCCUCACCCUCACCCCUGGCCCCGACCCCGACGAGGAUGACGAUGACUGGGACGAUUGGGACGACGCGUCCACGGUGGCGGACGAGCCCGACCUGUGCUCCUCCUCCAACGGCCUGUACCCGGGCUACCCGGGGCCCCGCCACCGGCCCAGCGAGUCCGAGCGGCAGGACAGCACAGCGGGCCGGCCGAGUGGCCGCAGUGGUGCCGUGGGCAAGAGCUUCAACCGCUUCUCCUGCUUUGUGCGCUCCGGCGGAGAGGCGUUCAUCCUGGGCGAGGUUCCUGCUGCCCUUCGGCCCAGCGAGACAUACGCAGUGACCAUGGGCCCCGAGGGGCCACAGUGGAGCGACAACCCGCGGCCCUUCCACUGCACCAUUGAGGAGCCCACCAAACAGACCAAGUUCAAGGGCAUCAAGACCUACAUAUCCUACAAGCUGACGCCCAGUCUGACCAACGCGCCCGUCUACCGCCGCUACAAACACUUCGACUGGCUUCACAACCGCCUGUUGCACAAGUUCCCAGUCGUGUCGGUACCUCACCUGCCCGAGAAACAGGCGACCGGCCGCUUCGAGGACGACUUCAUCGAGAAGCGGCGGCGGCGCCUGAUCUUGUGGAUGGAGCAUAUGACCAGCCACCCCGUGUUGUCCCAGUACACCGGCUUCCAACACUUCCUCACCUGCUCCGAUGACCGGGCGUGGAAACAGGGCAAGCGGCGCUCCGAGCGCGACGAGCUGGUGGGAGCCAACUCCUUCCUCACCAUCCACACCCCGACCGAGCACCAGGACCUCCAGCGGGUGGAGGAGAGGGUGGACCUCUUCAAGGCCUUCUCCAAGAGGCUUGACGACAGCGUGCUGCAGCUCAGUAACGUUGCCGCCGAGCUGUGCCGCAAACAUGCCGGCGGCUUCAGGAAAGAGUUCCAGAAACUGGGCAACGCCUUCAGCUCCAUCAGCCAGGCCUUCGAGAUGGACCAGCCCCAUCUCGCCGUCUCCCUCAACCGGGCCAUCUCCAUCACCGGCAGGACCUACGAGGCCAUUGGCGAGCUCUUUGCUCAGCAGCCCAAGAACGACCUCUUCCACAUGUUGGACAUGUUGUCGCUGUACCAGGGUCUACUCUCCAACUUCCCCGACAUCAUCCAUGUCCAGAAAGGUGCCUUUGCCAAGGUGAAGGACAGCCAGAGGAUGAGUGAGGAGGGCAAGAUGGACCCGGAGCAGGUGGACGGCAUCAAGCAGCGCUGCCGGGUGGUAGGCUUUGCACUCCAAGCGGAGAUGAACCAUUUCCACAAACGGCGGAUCAUCGACUUCAAACACAUGAUGCAAUCCUACCUCCAGCAACAAAUCCUCUUCUACCAGAGAAUCAGCCAGCACCUGGAGCAGACUCUACACCUGUACGACACGCUGUGACCGGGACCUCCGUCAGUCACCCUGUGGCAGAACGUGGCUGAGAUACCUCCCCGAUCCCCACCACCCUCAUUCUGCCCCUCCCCCACAACACGUCCAACAACCCCCCCCCCCACAGUAACUCCCAACACCCCCUCACAGUAACUCCAACACCCCCCUCACAGUAACUCCAACACCCCCUCUACUACAACCCCUCCCGUAGUAACCCCAACAACCCCCCUCCCAUAGUAACCCCAAC